AUGUUGCCAUCAUUGUCACUUGUCUACGGCUUGAUAACCUUGCCCGCUAAGUUAGCUUAUCUCACAUUGCAGUUUUUCACUGUGGGAACUGUCUUUACCAACCCCACAGCUAAGAAGUCGUUGAUCAAGACUUUGCACAAUGGUCUCUGUCAGCACAUGGGCCGCUCUAUCCGGGUCCAAGACUUGCAAUUGGUUCAUGUACCAGUGUCCAAAAUCUUGGGAAUGAUGUCCAAGACACUCGGAAGAUUGCCCGGCUACAAUGAAAAAUAUUCGGACAAGGAAGAGUUUGCCUGUGAGAGCCGUUGGCUCACUAAGAACAUCACACUGAAGUCUUCACCAAUCGUCCUCUAUUUCCACGGAGGUUGCUUUGCAAUCCUGAUGCUGGUCAACCAGGCUCAAGGUAUGGCCAACUUGUACGAUGCCUACAAAUUGAGAUACGGCGACGACCUUUCCAUCCUCCUUGCCGAUUAUUCAUUGGUCUCAGAAGGUUGCACCUAUCCUUGCCAAUACAACGAGGCAACUAGCCUCUACGAGAAGCUAGUCUAUGAAGGCUACACUAACAUUGUGUUAAUGGGUGACUCCGCCGGCGGUAACCUUGUCCUUAAUGUGCUCAGCUAUCUCCACGAAAAGAGCAACCAUCACGAGGUUGUGUGGCCUGUGGCUGCAAUCGGCAUCUCUCCAUACCUCAACGUCUCAAAGCAGGAGUACAAGGGCAGUUUCAAAAAGUUCAACAAACUCGACUUCUUCAACUAUGAUAUGACAAGCUACUUUGGCAAUCUCUACAUUGGGGGAGACGAGUACUUGAACGACUCUCCUAUUGUGAACAUCGAACUCAAUGCUGAUAAAGUGGACUGGAAAGAUAUCCCAGUGAUCAAAAAUGGAGACCUUCUCAUUCAAUUUGGUGACCAUGAGGUUUUGACAGACGAGAUUCUCAGAUGGUGCGAGAAAGCUGAACUCACCAGCCGCCAUCCAGAAAACAUUGCUAUUGACAUCGAUGGUACUCACAUUGGCUUUUUCGUUACCGAGAAACUGGCUGAACCAGUACUGCGCCAAUUCGGUACUUACAUUCUUGAAUUCUAA